AUGGUCCAGUUGGACUCUGAGAAGGGCAAUAACUUCGACGCGACUGCUCCUGAGGACCUGAAAGCUUCCCCAGAUGAGUUACCGGACUACGAUGCACAGCGUGGUAUUCAGAAGAUCGAAGCUACGACCCUAGCGUGGAGCAAAUGGUCACUGGCCGCUCUCUUGAUCAACAUCUGGCUCAUCUUCUUGACGAACGGAUUCCGAGGCUCCGUCCUCGCCGGACUGGUUCCUUAUGUGACCAGUGACUUCCAGUCGCACUCGUUGCUGACGGUGAUCGAGAUUGUCUCCAAUGCAAUGACCGCUGCAGUUUACAUCCCCAUGGCCAAGCUGCUAGAUGUAUGGGGCCGAGCUGAAGGCUUCGCGCUCAUGGUUGGGUCUGCCACCUUGGGUGUGAUACUGAUGGCUACCUCACACAACCUUGCAACAUUCUGUGCCGCUCAGGUCUUUUACUCAAUUGGUUUCUCCGGCAUUAUCUACACUGUAGCUGUUCUAGCUGCAGAUGCCACAUCUCUGCGCAACCGAGGCAUUGCUUUCGCAUUCACUUCCUCGCCGUAUAUGAUCACAGCCUUUGCCGGAUCAAAAGCCGCUGAGGCCUUUCUUCUCAAUGUCAAGAACUGGCGCUGGGGCUUCGGCAGUUUCGCUAUCAUCGUCCCAGUCAUCACCGCCCCUCUGUUCGUAUUGCUGAAGCUUCAACUCCGCAAGGCCGAGAAGCUGGGUCUGAUUGCCGAGCCGGUCAGUCGUAGCUGGACAUUUGACAGGAUCUGGAAGAACAUCGUAGCAUUCGAUUUACCAGGUGUCGUCCUCUUUGCCGGCGGUCUGACCGUCUUCCUCCUGCCUUUCACGCUCGCAACUCGUACCCCCAACGGCUGGAAUACCGACUACAUCAUCGCCAUGAUCGUCGUCGGUUUCAUUGUUCUCGUCGCAUUCGGUCUCUACGAAACAUACGUCGCCAGGGAACCCUUCCUCAAGAACAAGUUCCUGACCGACCGCUCCGUAAUUGGCGCCUGCCUAGUUGACAUGACAUACCAAAUCAGCUACUACUGCUGGAACAGCUACUUCACCUCCUUCCUACAGGUCGUAUGCAACUUGACCGUCGCGCAGGCAGGCUAUGUCAACUCAACAUUCCAAGUCGUCUCCGGCAUCCUCCUCUUCAUAGUCGGCUACCUAAUCCGACGCACCGGCCGCUUCAAAUGGCUCUUCUACGUCACAGUCCCCAUCUACACCUUCGGCCUGGGGCUGAUGAUUUACUUCCGCCGCCCCAACCAAUCCAUUGGGUACAUUGUCAUGUGCGAAAUCUUCAUCAGCAUCGGCGGCAGCGUGUUCAUCUUGCUGGUCCAACUUGCUUGCUUGGCGGCCGUGGAUCAUCAGUUUGUGGCGGCGGUGCUGGCGCUGCUAUAUGUGAGUGGGACGAUUGGAGGUGCGAUUGGCAACGCCAUCUCCGGUGCUAUCUGGACGAACACUUUUUUUGAUGCACUUAUGAGGGAGCUGCCGGAGAGUGCGCUGCCGAACGUGUUGACUAUUUAUUCGAGUUUGCCUGCACAGCUGGCGUAUCCUGUGGGAUCGCCUGAGCGCAUGGCUAUCCAGGAGGCGUACGGAUACGGUCAGGCACGGAUGCUGGCAGCGGGUGUAGGCAUCUUCGGACUAUCGUUCAUUUGGAUGUUCCUGAUCCGAAAUCACGAUGUGUCUAAGAAGGGACAGACCAAGGGAAUGGUCUUCUGAGGAUGUUGGUGAUGGAUAUUUCAUGAAGAGAUGCGACACGAAACUCGCAAACGAGCUCGCUCACCACACAAACUUAUUGAGUUGGACGAUAUAUAUGUAUCGGACCAACUACGGAAUGGAAUCGUGAAUGGCUGAGCCGCAACGUCAACGUUGCUUGUAAUGCCUCGUGUGCACUGACCGUAGUGCCUCCUGUGAAUCUUGGGAAAACGACGUAUGUUUUCGCACUGAUACGCUGUGUAAGCUCAAAUGUAAGUAUAUCAAUUCUGGUGAUGCUCACACAUCGUGUGAAAUGCGAUAUACUAGUGACAUAUACAUCAUAUACGUACGUUGU